AUGGUCGCACAUACUCUCAUGAAACCUGUACCUGGCAACUCCAGUGCAGCUGCACGCUCCAAACGACGACACUGCAUAUGGGGUGUCAUGGUCUCCGUUAUCACGCUAGUGUCAUUCCAUAACUUUUGCAAAAGUUUCGAGUCGUUCCAGUCAAGCGGCGACGUUGGUAGCGCCGAGUCCCUCGACACUAAACGACUACAAAUGUACCCAUUUGGGAUUCCCCAUUACCAGAAAGCGGUCCAUCAUCUCGUGCAAGAAGAAGAGAAGGUCGAGCCAGCGAAAUGGACGCCUAGUAAGGGAUCCAAAGACGAGUGUCUCUACGCUCGGGACUACGGACUGAUCCAACGGCUACGGAACACGUCGCGGUCAUUUUGUACUCAAGGAGGCAACAGCAGCUCGCCAUACACGUUUUAUCACGUGUCAGACGCUGGCGUAAGUGCGACGUUGCUCGAGAACUUUGUGUUGGAUGUACGAGGCGCACAAGUGGCCAAGGACAUCGACAGUCUGGCUGAUGAUGGUGGCAACCACGACCCACGCUUUAAGUACAUGAAGAACGCGACGUUCUGUAGCUGUUCGCAGCCGCAGGAUCACGCUCACGGAGCUCCAAACAUCUGGAACGAAUUCUUCGUAGGAGGACCUGGUGACAACGACCCUACCUGCAAGACCGACACAGUUGACCGAGCUGUCGAUGACACGAUGACGUUGAAACAAGCCGUAGUGUUGGUGCGGAGAGAUGACCACAACCCGUUCUUCCAGAUCUCUGGGAUUCUAAACGCGUGGAUAAUGGUGCAGACUAUCGGGUGGGAAAGAGACUCAACGCAACUCGUGACCUUUGAUCGCGCGCUACCGACUCCAGUUGACGAGCUCCGACACGCUCUGCUUGGCCCUGAGCGUCUAAUUAUCAGCGGAGAAGAGUUCCAGCACCGAGUUGUGCACUUCGAAUCGGCUUUGUUGGCUCCGUACGAAGUCACAGGCCCGCUUAUGAGUCAUCUGGACGACAAUCAGCCCUGCUAUGACAAUGCUAUGAUCAAAGAAUUCAGAGACUUGGCACUCAAAAGUCUACGAGUAGCUCCACGCGACGGCAAAAGCGACCCACAGCGAUGCCUUGUGACCGUCAUCUCGCGCAGACCUUACGGUGGUCGUCGUGUACAGCGCCAAUGGCGGAACGAAGCCGAAAUCCUUCAACGAAUGCGUGAGGAAUACCAAGACGCGUAUCGAUUUGGAGAGUGCGAGUUCCAGUCUCUCGAGCUCACGAGCAUGACGAUGCACGACCAAAUGAAAUCUAUGCUGGACAGCGACGUGGUGAUCGGAAUGCACGGCGCUGGGAUGGUUAACGCCAUGUGGACGCGUCCUGGCACGCUCGUUAUUGAAAUAUUCCCACGAAGACGAUUUCGAUGGGGCUAUCGCAAUAUUUGCCAGUUUGUCGGCUGCAAGUGGCACGAUUUCCGUCGAGGAAGAGACAUCAAGAUCCACACGACGCUUUCGACCGAUAUGGACAAAAUCAUCCCGUACCCAGAGUGGAAGAGCUUCUUCGACCCGUUGUUCCAAAAUGUAGUGGACGAACUCGAGUGGAAGGUCAAAAAAUUAAGUUAA